CAAAAAGACACCACAAUGCAUGCUUUCAGGGUAUUAAUAUACACUGUGCGCGUGUGAGUCUGCGUGUGUCUGAAUAUUGAAAUAGUAGCAGAACACUGUAAGGUGGAUGUGUUUUGGAACUCUGGGAAGGAUGAAUGCUAAUGUUGAAAACAUGACAUUUCAAGUUGCAUCAAUCAUGAAGAUAGCAGAUGAAAUACAUCCUGGAAAGUCAAGGACGUGAAAGGAACUUGAACUUGUUUUAAAAUGUGUCUUUUCAGGAAGUACAAAAGCAGCAGCAAGUUAGUGUUAUUUUAAUGUCAUUUAUUUUAAGACGAAAGCACAAUGGCAGCUUGCUUUUGGUAGUUGUCAGGGAAGAGAUGAGAGGAUGAAUGUGCGAUGGAACUUUGAAUUGAUUGUACUGCUUUGAUUGAUCCAAGCGGGUUAGAUGAUUGUGGGUUGCAGCCAGCGUUCCAACCCAGCCCCCCUUUUGCCACAAAGUGUCCAUUUUCAUUUUGACUGUACAAAAACGCCCUGUCGCUUCCCCUACCAAGUUAUGCUCACCCCGUAACAGAUGUGAUUUCACACUGUACACCCCCAUGUUGAACUUAUUUAUCACAGUCUCCACUCAAAAGCACCCCGAGUAUAAAAAAAAAAAAAAGCUCCUAACUGGAAUGAUAUGAACUUGCUUGUGUUGCUAUUCCUCGACUUACGGUACAUCAGGUGUACAUUUCUGAGGCUUAACUGCAAUAGUGACAUCCAAACAAAAGUGUUGUUAAACAUUUGUACUGUUUAUUUAAAAAAUAUUUAACUUUAUCUCUUAACUACUGCAUUUUAAUUGAUUUUUUUUGCGGUACAUUUCCUCGAUUUAUGGUGGUGGUUUUAAUUAAUUUAGGAUGGAAACCGAGAGAGGGAAAAUAUUCUUCGCUCAUCUGAUACAUGGGUUCCAUUAAUCGUCCACAUUGAGAACCCAAAGCGGCAAACAUAAGGAGGCAACUUAAAAAUAAUUCAGUAUUAUACACAUUGGGGGGGGGAAUAGUGUGCAUAAUGCCACAUUGCAGUUUAUCUUGACUGCAUGUUUCUGCUUCACCAUUGUUUAAAAUGAAAGGUGCUUGCCUGCAAAGAGCCGUUAUUUGUAUCAUGCACAAGACUUCAGCUUUGUUGCAAUGAGAUGAUGGUGUAUUAUCUGGUUUUCUUGGUGAUCACGUUUUUCAGCGUAGUGCUGAUAAUAAAAAAAACAGCAAAACACUCUUUGGGCACUGAAAAUAUGUUUGGGUAAGGUGGGGCGGGGGGCGUUAAUCAAGAGUCAGGUGUUCAGAGUAUUGAAAGUGUAAAAUUACCUUCACUUUCCUUCCCUGUUAUUCAGGAACAGUAGUGCUUGUUUAAGGAAUAAUUGUAACCUCUGUAGUAAAAGUGGUGAGGAGUUUAAUUUGUUCUGCGAUAACACUGAGAACCGGAUGACGCAGGUUUAGAACAGAGCAGGUGGAAGCUGAUGCAAUGUGGGAAUUGUUCCAGCUGCAUCAGUUUCCACCCAACAACUCUUAACUGUUGUCUCAACGCAUCUCAUUUUUAAAAAUGAGUUUUGGGAGAAAAAAAAAGGUCACAUUUGAAUUACUACUGAGAAUAGUUCUGGAUGUGAUUUUAAUAUUCAAUUCAGAUUAUCUCCAUGAUGGCAGCUGAACAUAGGUUGGGGGUAACUGUGAUCCAUGACAUACGUCAUCCCAUCAUCAGUAUCUGUCAGUUUCCAUACUGAGUCGAUAUUUUUUUCGGGGGAGCUCAAAGACAAGAGUUGGUGUGGGCAGAAAAACUUGGUGGGACCUGUCCAGCUGUGAGCCGGAUUUAUUUGGAGUCGGCUGUUGCUCUGUGACUCGAAGGUGUUUGCAGCGUCUGAACAUGAACGUCGUCAGUGCUUUGGCCAUUGUCGGCCUGCUGCUUGCAGCUGCCGGUGCGCAGAAACCCCAACAAUGUGAGUCUCCUCCCCUGAUGACUGGAGGUGUCACUGUGAUGGGCUUCAAUGGUCUUGUCAUGUCUACGGGAACAAUCACCUAUGAUGCUUUUGGUCAGAAGAUUCGGGUUCGAAAUUUUGGCAUGGUUGGAAAUGAAACCUUGACUGUGGACCAACUGAUGCUGUUCCAAAAGAAAGUCUAUUAUGAAAUCGACUGGAGCAAACUGUCUUGCAAGAAGAGACGGCUGAAUACAGAUUUCGUUCCCAUGCAAGUGCCCGAUGAUGCCAAUUUGAUGGGUCAGAUCGUUUUGGGCUCCUCUUCCUCGUGGGGAAUGGGUGUGCUGGUCAACACGUGGUACGGGGACCUGCCCGGCAAUGGUUCCUAUACGAGCGUCUUCACUGAGAUUGGCUGCAUCCCAAUGACCUUCACUGGUUACACACCAACAAGUGGAUGGACCAUUAUCAGCACUUUCAACUGGGUACUUGGCAUCACCAAUCCCAUGGACUUGGUCCCGCCUUUCUUCUGUGCAAAGGCUCAGCUGGAGGAUUCCGAAACACCUGACACCAUGUUUACCGCUUUGGAGUCUCUAGCCAGGAAGACCCACGACAUGAAGUAAAACAUCAGGUGUUGUAUGUGUUCAUCAGCCAGUCCCUGAUUCAAAGGAGGAACAACGAUUGCAUUCAUUCAAUGCAAAUAAAGUCUUGACAUAUGAGGCAUGA